CAACAACAGAAUUGACACAUUUUCGGACCCCAUAUACGAUUUGACACAACCAUCUUUUGAGUGGAUCUGCCAAGCCUCAACUUCCGGCUUUUCACCCCUUUUUUUAUACCGAACCGAGGUUUUUGAUCACAACUCUCACGACUCGUUCCUUUUUCAAGACUUGAUCAAAUCGAAGCCGACAUAUCUUGAUAUCUUGAUCCUCAGACAGGGCAGCAAUGGCGGCCGAAGGAGGCACUGAUGGAGGUUUCCAGGCGUAUCAUCAGCCUCAUGUCAUCGAGAUUCUCAUCCUCAUCUCCUUCUUUCUCUUCCUAGCCCUGUCUGACUGGCUAGCCGACAAGAUAUUUCGCGCGGGCCUAGUUGGUCAAAUCAUCGUUGGUCUUGUCUACGGUGUCCCCUUGGCCAAUAUUCUCGAGAUCAACUGGCGGGAGACGUUUUUGGCCCUGGGAUACGUGGGUCUGCUGCUGAUCACCUUUGAAGGCGGACUCACAAUUCGAUUGGAUCUCCUACGGCAAAAUUUUAUCCUGAGCACCAUCGCCGCUCUCUUUGGACUUCUUACCCCCAUCGCCUUGUCUUUUGCCCUGUUGUAUGCUGGAUUCGGUCAUGCCCCCUUGGAGGCCUUCAUCGUCGGCACAGCUCUCUGUUCCACCUCACUCGGUACCAUCUUUGUUGUCAUCAACAGUGCCUCCAACGCUACUGACUACUCUCAAACUCGCAUCGGAACUGUUCUCAUCAGCGCCGCGGUUCUCGAUGACGUUUGUGGCCUCGUCUUGGUGAGCGUCAUCCACCAGCUUCGGGGCAUAGCAGAAGAUGGUGAUGUCAACCUUGGAUGGAUCAUUGGCCGGCCGGUGCUGGCAAGUGGCUUGCUCGCAAUCUUGACCCCCCUGGUUGCCAAAUUUGUCGCAGGUCCUCUGUUUCGCCGGUUUCUGGAGAAGCCCCUGUCAAAGUUCAAGCAUACCUCCAACAUUCUCCUGAUGACGGUUGUUCUGUGUGCCUUUCUGGCCAUAGCCGCUUUUGCAGGCGCAUCAAUGCUGUUUGGAGCCUUUCUCGCCGGCGCAUUCCUCAGCAGCACACCUAGCAAGGAAAAGACCCCCUCUGAGCUAGAAACGACCUCCUUUGUGACCACAUUCGAAUACUACCUCAGUGGGCCCCAAAAGUUCAUCCUACAGCCCUUAUUCUUCGCCAGCAUCGGCUUCGCGAUCCCGUUUGGAGAGCUCUGGACCGGCGAGGUGAUCUGGAAAGGGGUGGUUUUCACCAUCCUGAUGGUCUUGAGCAAGCUGGUCGUUGGUCUGGUCGUCCCAGCUUGGGACAUAUUCUCAGCUGUGGGAUUCCCCAAGCCAGCACCGCCUGCGAACGAGAGGAUGAGCGCGGACUGGGCGCCGGCGACCCUGCUCGGCACGGCCAUGGUCGCGCGCGGGGAGAUCGGGCUGCUGAUCAUCCAGAUCGGCCUCAACGAGACGCCCUUCCUAACGCGCAAGGCGUUUGUGGUUGGCGUUUGGGCCAUUGUGCUCAAUACCAUCAUUGGCCCUGUGUCGGUGGGUGUGUUGUUGGAGAAGGUUGGCGACCAGAUAGCCACUGACAAGACGUGGGGGAUUCAGUCCAAGCCCCGAGAUAUCGAUGUCGAGUCGGCGAUGGCGCCGGAACAGCCUGGUCAAGAUGGUAGACUUCCCGAAGGGAAAGGAGAAGAGAGCAUAGGUGGCGUUUAGGGAGGUCGUCCUAGCCUUAGCUCACACCACCCAAAUCUGCCGGUCCUUCAUUUGCCAUAUUCCAGAGACCAGGGCAUCGACAAUAGUAACGGCAGCCAGAACAGCCAGGGAUCCGAAAACCAGGUCUCCUCUUCCAGGGUUGCCUCCUGGCUGUCCAAGCAAUAUGGAGACUGAAAGCUUUUCGGCGGCUCCUCGCCUCAACGCCUAGCCUUCCUCAUCCGGGACUCCUAAAAUAGAUCAGAACAGGCUCCCCACGAUUUUGGAGGAGUGACCCACGGUCUAGCCAUCACCCUGGAGGUGGCAAUACAACCAUGCUACCCGUUUCUAUCGCCGGAAAACUGCGACCUACCAACGAUACAAGUGAACACCUGAUCCUCGGAGUUAGUAACCCCACGAGGCCCGGAACAACGCUGAUGGACCCGUCUUGUUCCAUCUGCUGGUACGUAAAGAUAAAUCUGGCAUCCCCAAUAUCUGGCCUACCGAGUUGCCCUUCACAUCGGAGUCAAUUGGCCAAUCAUCCAGCUUGCCGGGUUCGGGUCUGGACAACCGCUAAUUAACCGGCUGAAGUGGCCGGUUGAUGCCUCGUUGGAGCUCGGAAGCGGACCGUUUAGAGGGGCUACACGAAGUACCAGCAAUUUAUUGAGUAGCGGACCAAGAAGAGCUGGGAAAGGACAGUUUGAUAAUGUGCCCGAGAGUGGGAAAGAUGAAUAUGAGGAGGUUGCACAUGCUCCGGGAAUGCACGAUACCUAGAUUGAUACCCUCCUAUUUUGGUGGCUGCAGGGCAUGGGUAAUAUACAAGAUGCAU